UUCAUGGAGGUUGGGGUGAUUGGAACCAGUGGUCAAGAUGUUCUCUCUCCUGUGGAGGUGGAACAAGAGAAAGAAAAAGAUUUUGUGAUUUCCCACAGCCAGCCCAUGGUGGUCGUUACUGUGGUGGGUCAGACACCCAAACUGACUACUGUAACAAUGAACACUGUCCAGCUCAUGGUGGGUGGUCGGCAUGGUCUUCGUGGGGUGAGUGUUCUGCAUCAUGUAACAAUGGACAGAGACGACGUUUCCGCAACUGUAAUAACCCAGCACCCACUAAUGGAGGACGUGCUUGUUUUGGGCCAAGCCAGGAUACACAGACCUGUAAUGCACACCACUGUCCAGUGGAUGGUAAGUGGUCAUCCUGGAGUCAAUGGUCAGUCUGUUCUGUCACUUGCGGUAGAGGAACCAGGGAUAGGACACGAGAAUGUAACGACCCUCCUGCUCAGCAUGGUGGACGUGUGUGUGCUGGUGACACCACCCAGGUAGAAAAGUGCCACCACAGGGCUUGUGAAG